AUGGAAUUUUACACCAUUACAUUAAAACAAUUAUAUGAACAAGCUUAUCAAUCUUCAAAUCGUCUGCAUCCACCAAGUCAACAGGAUAAGUAUUCUACGAUAAUUGAAAAGGAUAUCGAAGCUGUUAAUGCUUAUCAUACAUUUGCUAAUGGACCAAUUCGAUCCGGUGCCUAUGAUGAUCUUAUUCAACUUUUUGAAACUAUUUCUAUCGAAACAUAA